CAAAUUGUCAAAAAGAAAAAUCUUUUCAACGCCGUUCCUACACAAAUAGCUGAUGAUAGAGGCAUAAGAGCAUAUUUUUCUCAACCCUUUUGGAAGCCUUUCAGGCUCGGAUCUCACGAAAAACUAUCCGCUAAGGACAAAAUUUACUGUGAGCUUCCCUAUUUUGAAUAUAAAGAUGGUGUUUAUGAUCCUGGAAAGUUCACUGAAUUUUCAAACUCAAUUUUUCAUUUUUUGAGCAACGAAAUCGCUUAUCAGCCAUGCUUUAUGGGCGAAGAGAUUCCUCUAAUUUCAUAUCUGGAUUCCCUGACGUUUCGGGUGAUGCCAAUGCUAGAAAAAUCCCAGUCAUUGGAUCUCGAAAAAAUGGGCUUUCUUUACAACUUUUUCACCAAAACACUGCGUUUAUUGGAGUAUGAAAAUGAUCUGUUUAUGUACCAAAAGGCUCUGAUUUUAGUUGAGAUUUUCAAAACCUACAAAAAAAUAUACAUUCGACAUCUAAAGGUCUCUCUGAAUAACGAUGAGCACAAGUUUAAGCUUAUCAAUGAUUCGAUUUUUGAAAAACUAUCACUCUCUUUUUCAUAUUCAAGUGAAAUCGAUCUUCUCGGAAGGACCUUGCCAAUUGGUUCAAAAAGCAUUCAAUUUCUUCCGGAAGAUACAAAAAUUACCUAUAACCUGGUCUCUAUAUUGUUUAAAAACAGCAAAAAGCUUCCGAAUCCAUAUGAAAUGGGAAAGUUUUUCAAAUUGAAUCUGAUCAAUUAUUGGAGAAAAGAUCUUGAUUAUAAGACAGAGCAUUUUGAAAGGAUAGCAUAUAUCUUGACCGUAAUUGCGAACCCUAUUAGCGUUGAAAACCCUAACCAGCGUGUGCUUCCAGAAACCUUCUUACUUGACCCACAUUAUUACAGUCUUUUCCACAUGCUUUGUAAAGCAUCACGUCGUCCUACUGGCAGUGAGCUUGUUUUAUCUCCAAUUAUUCCCCUGGAUUUUAAAAGUUCCAUUAAUACUAAGCGCCAUUUCCAUCUUAAAGCAGAUGGUUACAAUAAAACUCAAGAAAUCUCAUCACCAUUGUCGAAAGAAAAAACACCUCUGGACUUGAUGAAUUUUAAUCACAAAUUUUCAUCCGUCUUUUAUUUCUUGACUUACCUCCAAGAAGAUCAUGCUUUCAUCUUAUCUGAGGCUGGAAUGGAAAUCGUUUAUACUUUCAUCCUCAAAACAUCGACAUAUAUUGAUGAUGACUCGAAAAAGGCUCUACCUUUAGCUACCAAAUAUUUUUUAUUUCAAAAGGAUAAAAUUCUCGGAGAAGUUUCGACGCAUAAAGAUGACAUUCAGAGGUUUAGGCUAUUAGCAAAUUAUCAGAUUAUUCUCAAUCGCUUGAUGUCAAUUCAAAAGAGCGACCUUGAAAUUGGUGGUCUUGAGCAUGCUUUCUCGGGAAAAUUUCAGCCAAUUUUCGCCUUUAUCAAGCUUAAUAUGCUGAUAGUUGAGGAAAAGUUUUCCGGGCUGCAGAAUAGCCAGGAUCUAUAUUUGUCGGUGAUAUCUAAUUUUG